GAGGCGGCUCCGCAUGCGCGGUAGGGUCGCGUGAGGCGCACGCUGAAGCAGCUCGGCGGCUGGUGUGGGUGUCUCGGGUCGGAUUGCUCCGAUUGAAGAGUGCGGCGUGGACCUUCGUGCGGGACUCUCACGUAUCUCAGAAUGCCUGGUCUAAGUUGUAGAUUUUAUCAACACAAAUUUCCUGAGGUGGAAGAUGUAGUGAUGGUGAAUGUCAGGUCCAUUGCUGAAAUGGGGGCUUAUGUCAGCUUGCUGGAAUACAACAACAUUGAAGGCAUGAUUCUUCUUAGUGAAUUAUCCAGAAGACGUAUCCGUUCUAUAAAUAAACUCAUCCGAAUUGGUAGGAAUGAAUGUGUAGUUGUUAUUAGAGUGGACAAAGAAAAAGGAUAUAUUGAUUUGUCAAAAAGAAGAGUCUCUCCAGAAGAAGCAAUCAAAUGUGAAGACAAAUUCACAAAAUCUAAAACUGUAUAUAGCAUACUUCGCCAUGUUGCUGAGGUUUUAGAAUACACCAAGGAUGAGCAGCUGGAAAGCCUGUUUCAGAGGACUGCCUGGGUCUUUGAUGACAAGUACAAGAGGCCUGGAUAUGGUGCCUAUGAUGCAUUUAAGCAUGCAGUCUCAGAUCCGUCCAUUUUGGAUAGCUUAGAUUUGAAUGAAGAUGAACGUGAAGUACUCAUUAACAAUAUUAAUAGGCGUUUGACCCCACAGGCUGUCAAAAUUCGAGCAGAUAUUGAAGUGGCUUGCUAUGGUUAUGAAGGCAUUGAUGCUGUAAAAGAAGCCCUGAGAGCAGGCUUGAAUUGUUCUACGGAAACUAUGCCCAUUAAGAUUAAUCUAAUAGCUCCUCCAAGGUAUGUAAUGACUACAACAACUCUGGAGAGAACAGAAGGCCUUUCUGUCCUCAAUCAAGCUAUGGCUGUUAUCAAAGAAAAGAUUGAGGAGAAGCGAGGAGUGUUCAAUGUUCAAAUGGAGCCCAAAGUGGUCACAGAUACAGAUGAGACUGAACUUGCAAGGCAGCUGGAACGACUGGAGAGAGAAAAUGCAGAAGUGGAUGGAGAUGAUGAUGCAGAAGAAAUGGAAGCCAAAGCUGAAGAUUAACUUUGUGGGAAGCAAAGUCCAAUUUAAGGAACACGAAGCAGCCCCUCCUAGCUGCAAACUCUAGACUUGAAAGUUUUCCAGUAUUGAAAACUUCAAAGCUGAAUAUUUCUUUUUUCCAAGUAUUUAAAUGUUCCAACAGACCAGAACAUCAAAUGCCCUCCUAAAUGUCAGCUGUUUUCAUACAGUAGCUCCGUCACACUAAGUAUGUUUUAAGCACAUGGCUUAAUUUGACUAGAGACAAAUAGUUAAGCUUAAAACAGUCCUGAAAUUAGGCUUGUGAUUUCUAUCAAUUUUAUAUGUCUCAAAAUUGGCACUCUUUGUAGGUCGGUGCCUCUAUGAGAUUUACCAGGGCACCCAAAACAGCAAUCCCAAACUUUCUAUAUAGAAUGUAUUCCAGCAAACGUCAAAUAAAUUUCUGGAAUAUUUAACAAUAGGCUUCUUCCUUUGUGUCACCACUUAAAAGCUUUCCUAAUGCUAUGACUAAUUCUGUUGUCUUUGUAGUUAGGUGUACAAACCAGAAUAGGUGGCCGAAGGACAUUAUACAACAAAGCCUUGCAAAGGAGAUCUUAGAAAACAUAAUUUUACUUUAUCCACAGUGAUACUGACCCUUUAAGAAAAAGUUGUAAGCUGCAAUUAAAGAAUUACAUUGUUACGUG